AUGCAAGCAGUGGGCUCCGUCAUGACCAACAAGUACAGCGAAGGGUACCCUGGAGCUAGAUACUACGGAGGAAAUGAGUGAGGAACAUCAUUCACCUUUUACCUGUUUUCAGACGCCAUUCUGGAUGGAUCUACCUGCUUACUGAGUAUCUCGUGAUCACCACUAAAGACUGGACCUGCCGCCAGGUUCAUAGACAUGGCCGAGUCCUUAUGCCAGAAGCGCGCCUUGGAGGUCUUCGGGCUAGAUCCUGCAAAAUGGGGAGGUAUUUCGGGCUCUGGCAUUCGAUGUUAGCCGGCAGUCUGCUUCACCCAUAAGUUUGCCUUCUAGCUCCUGCCCGAAUCUUAUCCCAGAACUCUACUGUUUUUUUCCAUGUUCGAAGUUUGCAUUCCAGCUCCAGCCCGAAUCUUAUCUCAGAACUCUACUGUUUUUUUCCAUGUUCGAAGCUUGCCUUCCAGCUCCUGCCCGAAUCUUAUCUCAGAACUCACUGUUUUCUUGAUGUUCGUCGCAGUGAACGUGCAGCCAUUGUCGGGAUCCCCUGCCAAUUUCCAGGUGUAUACGGCGCUCCUGAGGCCCCAUGAGAGGAUCAUGGCUCUCGAUCUCCCCCAUGGUGGGCAUCUCUCCCAUGGGUAUCAGGUGCGAAAACUUUCCAAAACUUUGAUCUCCCCCGAGAGAGUGAAAAUCAGUUUCGGGUCGCCUGGCGGAGGUGCCAUCCCCUCCGGAGGCUCAUCGUACUCCUCUGCUUGUGGUUGUUUCAGACGGACACCAAGAAGAUCUCUGCUGUGUCCAUCUUCUUCGAGACUCUUCCCUACCGUCUCGACGAGAGUACGGGCCGCAUCGACUAUGACCAGGUUACGUCGUCUUCCUCCCUUCCCCUGCUUCUCUAGGAUCCCGACCGCGGGGCUUGACCUUCGGCUCUCGUACACUGCUGCGACCAGCUAUUUUCCUCACUGAAAUUUUCCUCACGCGUGGUUCAAAUCCGUCUCCUUCAAUGCAGCUGGAGAGGAGUGCCGCCCUGUUCAGGCCAAAGUUGAUAGUCGCCGGGGCCAGCGCAUAUGCUCGCCUCUAUGACUAUGCUCGCAUCAGAAAGGUUCCUCUCUCUCUCUCUCUCUCUCUCGCUAUGUAUGUAUGUAUGUAUGUAUCUCUCUCUCUCUCUCUCUAAAUGGGCUUCCCUUUUCUCAGGUCUGCGACAAGCAGAAAGCCGUCCUGUUGGCCGACAUGGCGCACAUCAGCGGCCUGGUGGCGGCGGGCGUGAUUCCUUCUCCCUUCGAGUAUGCCGACGUUGUUACGACGACGACCCACAAAUCGCUCCGCGGGCCGCGUGGAGCCAUGAUUUUCUUCAGGAAAGGCCUCAAAGAGGUCGACAAGAAGGGCGGAGAGGUGAGGAGGAAGAACAUCACCCCUAGUAGCAUGCUGCCGAUAGAUAUGUCUGCGGAGCGAUGACAGCGUCCCCUUCUCUCUCUCUCUCUGUAGGUUAUGUACGAUUACGAGGACAGAGUCAACCAGGCCGUCUUCCCUGGUCUUCAAGGGGGCCCGCACAAUCACACCAUUGCUGGCUUGGCCGUCGCUCUCAAGCAGGUCAGGACGCUGAAUCUAUCCAACUCUGUUUUUUUUUUGUACUGAUUCCAGCUGCGGGAAAUCUCUUCCUCUUCCAUGAAAAACUGUUGAAUCGAGGGGGAAUGAAUGAAUGAUUCAGAGGCUCUCAUGCCCACCGCCGUCAAAGUUCAAGCGUUUCCUCUUGUCACACUCAGAGUUUGGAGCAUCAGAAGGCUAAUUCGCUCACUCCCUGCGGUCUUGCCAGAUCCUCGGCUACUCAAGUCCGGCGUCUGGUUUGGAUGGUCGCAACUUGGUGCAAGAAAUAGGGCAGACGCUGAGAAAAAUGCCGUUUUAGAAAUAGCCACAUCCAUCUAGUCCCAUGGUUGAUUACAUUCGUCGUGUCCUGUCGGCUGGUGGUGGACGGACUCUCAAAUGUGUUGAAUUUCUGCAGGCCAUGACUCCGGAGUACAGGGCUUAUCAGGCGCAGGUUCUGAGUAAUUGCUCGGCGUUUGCGCAGGUAUGUGAUAGCCGGUGGCGCGACUGCUUUCGUUCUUGAUCACUGGAAACAGCUUCUUUUUUGCACUACCUCCGAAUGCAGACCUGCCUCACACUGAUCGUCGCUCUCACGGAUUCCGUAUUAAACUGUGGCGCAGGCCUUGAUCGAGAAGGGUUACGAUCUCGUCUCCGGCGGGACGGACAACCACCUGGUGCUGGUGAACUUGAAGAACAAGGUGGCUGCCGAGGAGAACUCACAGAUCACUUUGGUGUUGAAUUUCCUUUUCUUUUUUUUUGUUUGUUUGGACGGGGGGCCAUCUCCAUCUCCAUCUCCAGCUCCAGCUCGAAUGGCGACGGGCACUGGAUUGCCCGUUUGGUAAUCGGCCAGCCUUUUGACUUUUGUGUGCUUGCUUGCUGCGUCCGUCUCCAGGGAAUCGACGGAUCUCGGGUCGAGAAGGUCCUCGAGCUGGUCCACAUCGCCGCCAACAAGAACACUGUUCCCGGCGACGUCUCGGCCAUGGUACCCGGCGGCAUCAGGAUGGGUGCGAUCCACCUCUCAUUCUUGAAAGAAAUCUCCGUCUAGUAUACGUGACAGAAGGAAGAAGUGGAGACGUGGAAGACGUUUUUCGUGACGAGCUCUGCUCUGCUGUUCCAGGAACGCCGGCCCUGACGUCCAGGGGAUUCGUCGAGGAGGACUUCGUCAAGGUCGCAGAAUUCUUCGACGCCGCCGUGAAGCUCGCUCUAAAGAUCAAAGCCGACACUCAAGGUGGGGCGCGGCGCAGCGCAAACCUUCUCCCGCAGUCCUUCGUGUCUGCUCUCUCCGGCGAAUGA